AUGUGGAGAAGGGAUAGUGAGGGGGCAGCGAAUCGCGGUGUACGGUGCAGUGGGGGAGACGCGGCGUGGUGGCUGCAGUGGUUUGGGGUUAGGGUUCGUGGAGUGAGGAGGAGUGAAGAGAUGGAAUGCACCGUGACGGAUGGUGUUGUGGGUGCGGUGGUGGUUAGAGUUAAGGAGGAGGUGAGAGUUGUGAUGCGAGGUGGCUCACAGUGUCUAUUUGGGGAGGAGACAUGGUUGCGGCGACGAGAUUAG